AUGAAGUCGUAUUCCUCCCUUGUGACCCUGGUGGUCCUAACCUUGGCCGGCACCUGUCUUAGCCAGCCCGAGGCCAAGCCCCUAGCCAAGGUCCAAGCUCGACCCGGCUACACGCUCGCUGCCGACCUCAACAUCCGCAACAUUGGCACUGCGAGCCUCCAGUGGGAAAAGGGAGUCGACAACUCGGGUCAACUCUGCAUGGACUUUGUCGCUGGUAAACCAAGGCCCGAGUCGUGGGCGCUCGAGAGGGAGGUAGUCCGGGGAAAGAAGCGAGACGGCUACACGCAAGCCGUCAACGAUCCGACGAAAUGCGUUGUCGUCGGCCCGGACGGGAUCGAUGCCUGGAACGAUCUGAUCUUCGGACACAAGGAUGACACGCGUCCCGGACACGAGGACGUUGUCCAUUACUCGUUGCUCUUCUACAUGCCUGGCUACAAGCAAGGCAGCGACCCCCUCAAGAUCACGCUGACGGAGAACUUCAAGCACUACUGA